CGUCAAAUUUGCCUCUUCCGCUCCUGCUCGCGGCAGUAAACAUGGCGAACGGCUAAUGAAGUUGCUGUGUGCGUUCAGUCCUAAAGGCUUUGGAUUUCUCUUUCAGAGCUUAAACGAUACGUUUUGCUUUACUUUUGAUACCCAGAGGUGCGUGUGUAGGGCGUUGCGCUCUAUAGGUUUUACUUGAAUAAAAGGGUGAAGGAGACGCACCGGCACUAUGGGGCGACGUUCAACCUCGUCCACCAAGAGUGGGAAGUUUAUGAACCCCACCGACCAGGCCAGAAAGGAGGCCAGGAAAAGGGAGUUAAAAAAGAACAAGAAGCAGCGAAUGAUGGUGAGAGCAGCGGUGUUGAAGAUGAAGGACCCCAGGCAGAUCAUCAGAGACAUGGAGAAGCUGGAUGAGAUGGAGUUCAACCCAGUUCAGCAGCCCUUGCUGAAUGAGAAAGUGUUGAGGGACAAGAGGAAGAAGCUACGUGAGACAUUUGAGCGCAUUGUACGUCUGUACGAGAGAGAGAAUCCCGACACCUACAAGGAGCUACGAAAACUGGAAUUGGACUAUGAGACCAAACGAGGGCAGCUGGCUCUCUAUUUUGACUCAGUCAAGAAUGCAGAGUCAGUGGAGGUUGACAGUAUCCCUUUACCAGAUAUGCCUCACGCCCCCUCCAAUAUCCACAUCCAGGACAUCCCACUUCCAGGGGCUCAGCCUCCCUCCAUACUGAAGAAGAACUCCUCUUUUGGUAAAGGACCUCUGUCAUCAUCCUCUGGACCGGUUUUGGCCACAGUGCCAGGUGUGCCACGUUUACCUCCAGGGAAGAAGCCCCCUGGGCCCCCACCUGGACCCCCACCUCCACAGGUCCUGGCGCUGUGCGGCAUUCCUGCUCGACGAGGUUACAGCACAGACAUAGAGCCUUCCAUUCCUGGUCUUGAAAAAGAUUCUGCCAUGGAGUUGGGAAGAGAUCGGGACAGUGGCAGCGAGAGCGACAGAGAUCGGGAUGAUGUGGACGACGACGAAAGCGACUCUGAGGAGGACAGUGAAGAAGAGAGAGAUGAAGGGGGAGACGGUGACCAGAGAAUGAGUGUGGACAGGCAGGAUGAUGAGAGGGACAGAGAGGAGGAUAGAGACAGAAAUGAAAGACAUGCUGGUCGCAUUGUACGUUUUGCGGACAUGCCUGCAGAGGCACCCCGUGAAGGAAAGAGGAAGAAAAAGAGGGUGGUGAAGAGGACCAAGGCCAUUACCCCCCUGCAGGCCAUGAUGUUGAGAAUGGCAGGUCAGUCAGUUCCUGAAGAGGAGGAAGAAGAAGAGGUAGAGGAGGAAUACACAGAUGAAUCAGACAGCUCAGAUAUCGAGGACAGGGGACCACCAGGGGACAAUCAGCCCCACCUUAUGGCCAAUCAGCGUCUACCCCCUCCUGCUGGGCCAGUGGGACAGCAAGGGCCUCCACACUUGCAAGGUCCCCCAAUGACUGGGCCUCCACCUCUGGGUCCACCCCCAGCUCCUCCAAUGAGGCCUCCUGGCCCACCCUCUGGCCCACCUCCUGGCCCACCACCAGGUGCUCCUCCAUUCUUGAGGCCUCCCGGUAUACCUGGAGGCAUGAGGGGUCCAAUGCCUCGUCUUCUGCCUCCUGGACCUCCACCAGGUCGGCCCCCAGGCCCUCCACCAGGCCCCCCUCCUGGCCUCCCACCAGGCCCUCCACCACGAGGACCCCCUCCGAGACUACCACCACCUGCACCACCAGGUAUCCCACCUCCUCCCCCAAGAGCAGGAGGGCCCCCACGUCCACUUGCCCCACCACUCUCCCUCUUUCCUCCACCUCUCAACUCCAACGUGCUCAGCGCUCCUCCCAGCAUUGUCCAGCGACAAAAAGGCUCCGGAGCCAACCAGGAUGGUUCACAGAGCAACCUGCCGCCCCCUGCCAUGCCCAUGCCCAUGCGACCAGGUGUCAUGCAGAUGCCUCCUCCCCCAGGGACAGCUGCCGCCCCCACGGGCACCAAUCCUGGCAGCAACCCCGCAAGCCACCACCACGCAGCCACCAUCGAAAAGCGACCCAACAUCACCUCUGUCGCAGCAGCUGGAGGCAGCCUGGCAGCGGGUGCCAGCUCUGGUGGGGCCACCAUCUCUGCCAAACCUCAGAUUAUCAAUCCAAAGGCGGAGGUCACCCGCUUUGUGCCCACGGCACUGAGGGUGCGUAGGGACAAGAGCGGGGCAAUGCCUGGGGCAGCAGCUGGGCCUCUGGAGAAAGCAGGGGGUGGUGUUGGAGGAAGGAGGGGAGAUGAAGGCAUGGGAGGUGGACAGGGGCAGAAACAGCAGGCAACAGCUGCUCAGAUGGGCUUGGCCAACGCAGCCCAUAUGGGUGCUGUGUCUCAGACCAACAUGAAGACUAAGGACCAGGUGUAUGAAGCCUUUAUGAGGGAGAUGGAGGGACUCCUCUGAGACACGAGAGGGCAUUGGGACGGUUGUUCAGUGGGGCGCUCUGAACAAAAGGAGUGUAUUUGUUUUCUGUGCAGAGUUAGAACUCUGCACAUGAACUGUUCAUAGAGGUAGCUGUCUUCAAGGCUGUCAGCUAGAUAAUUGGAAACAUUUAGAUUGGUUACUAUUCUACCAGGAGACUCAUAAAAAGAACACUAUUCUCUGCACUCAUUUUGGUUUUGUUUUUUUUGCCAGAGACUACCCAGUGCUUUUUGUCCUCCAGUAUGUUGUGUUUUUCCUGUAACUGCAUUUUGCCAUGACUAGAAAAAACAUUUUGUAUGAUUUUAUGACCGUUUAUUUCAUUGGUGAUCUCCUCUUUUGGACAUCAAAAGAAAGGUGUGAAAUGUUUGAGACAUGUCUGAAACUGUUGGAUCUGCAGCUAAAUAAAUACAUCAGAAACUUUUUA